AUGCAAUAUGCAUUAGUGUCUGAGUGAAGAGUCUGUUUUGUGAUGUUUUUAAGUGUUGCUUGUGUGCACAUCCCCCCCUCUAAACAGAUCGCAGUGGCUUCUUCCAUAGUGGGAGGUGUAGUUCUGUGGAGAAGUCACCGCAGAUCAAUGAACUGAGCGAAACAGACGGGCUGGGCAAGCCGACUACAGCGAGCGUCCAUGGGAUAUAUGCUGCUCACCCUUCCGUAACACCUAUUAUUUCUCCCCCGUCUUAAAGAUACGUCAAAGUGAGACUCUAUGACAGCACUGCUCAGUCUCUAUGCUUUAUAGAGCCAGAGAUACAACUUUACCCUCCUGGAUACACGAGAACGUAAGAGAUAGAAACGUUUGGUAGAAAUUUAUUCAUCUGUCAGUGGAUAUUCGGUUAUUAAGGAUGAUUUUUGCUAAUUCUGGCCACACGGUGAGGACGUCGCAUAAUCGUAAACAGCCCCCUGUUGGCCCCGCCUUCCACCCGAUGGCUCCGCCCAGUCCUGGAACCAACAGCAGCACCAACCACAGCAGCAGCAGCAGCAGCAGCACAGCCGGCUGGGAGCAGCUCAGUAAAACUAACCUCUACAUUCGUGGUUUACUGCCAACCACCACCGACCAUGACCUGGUCAAGCUCUGCCAGCCAUAUGGAAAAAUCGUAUCAACCAAGGCCAUCUUAGACAAAACCACAAACAAAUGCAAAGGCUAUGGCUUUGUAGACUUUGACAGCCCUGCCGCUGCUCAGAAAGCCGUCAGCGCUCUGAAGACCAGCGGAGUUCAGGCUCAGAUGGCAAAGCAACAAGAGCAGGACCCCACCAACCUGUACAUAUCUAAUCUGCCGCUGACCAUGGAUGAACAGGAGUUAGAGGCCAUGCUGAAGCCCUUCGGACAGGUCGUCUCCACACGCAUACUGCGGGACACCAACGGGGCCAGCCGAGGGGUCGGAUUUGCAAGGAUGGAGUCGACAGAGAAAUGUGAAGCUGUCAUCUCUCACUUCAACGGGAAAUAUCUCAAAACACCAGCUGGAGUUAUGGCCCCGUCAGAACCCUUGCUGUGCAAGUUUGCGGACGGAGGCCAGAAGAAGCGUCUGAGUCAAAAUAAAUAUGCGCAGAAUGGACGAGCCUGGGCCAGAGAUGGGGAGACCAGACUUGCUGGCAUGACACUCACAUACGACCCAACCACAGCUGCUAUGCAAAAUGGAUUCUAUCCGACUGCCUACAGUAUUACAAACAGAAUGAUCACACAGACCCCCAUUUCUCCUUACAUCUCACCUGUGUCCACAUACCAGGUAACAUAUGUAGUUCAGAUCAGACUUUAUUGCUUACAGACAGAUCGAGCAGUGUUAUCGCCCUCUAUAGAGCACUCCAUGUCUCUGCAGCCUGCGUCCAUGUUGGGUCCUCUCACUCAGCAUAUGAGUCACCUCUCUCUGGGCAGCGCAGGAACGUAUAUGCCAGCGAGUCCAGCUCUCCAGGGGCAGUACAUCCCUCCAUACACUCACAUGCAGACCACCACCGUCUCAGUAGAGGAGAACAGUCCACAACCUCAGGUGGAAUCGUCCAGUGAUCAUUCACCGUAUACCUAUCAGCAGGCCAAGUGAUGAAGAGGGUUGCCGGGGUUAGAGAACGGAAGGAGACGACUGCUAAAUCAAUAACAGUUUCCUUUGAAGGACCGGCUCUACCGAUGAAUCCACUUUUUGCACAGGUUCUACGAUGAGUUCCUCGGUUUUUAUAAUAAAACUACUUCAACUAUUUUGGUAUAAGUUCCAUUAGGUGCAAAUCAAGGAUUAAUUUCAUCAGAGGAUGCUAACAAAGAAAAAAACAAAAUGGGAAGUAAAAGAAAAGUUUUAUUUUACUAAGGAAACAACGCUUAUUUUUUACCAAGGAUCGUCACGUAGAUGCAGGAACUUCAUCAUGCGACUCGACAUGCAUGGAGAUUCUCCUUAUUUUUAUGAUUUCAGAUUUGAUUUCUCUCUUUCUCUCUCUUCUUUUGUACUGAAACAGACGUUCGUUUUUAGAGAUUUAUCAGCCGGACAUCCUGAGAAAGAUGCGUUUGUGCUUGCGGUGUGAGUGUCGUUGAUGUGUUUUUGUCGUGUGCUUCAUCUUCGGUCUGACCGAUCUGUCCGUCUUAUACGAUUUGCCUUAAACUCUUUCCCGUACAGUAGCCGAAGAAAAGACGUCCGGCUGCUGCCUUGUAAAUCAGCUUAAUAGGGCUUUUUUAGCAUCUCGCAAAGGAAAAUUUUCGCCGCGCUUGGAUUCCGGUGUUUUGCUUUUUCCGAUCUUUUCGAGUGACACUGAUGGAGUUUUAAUAGGAUUUAAUGUUUUUAUAAUCAGAGGUGACGAUGAGCCUUUGGUUGUUUGAAUGUGGUAGAAAUUCUGCUGAACGAUCACAUUUUUGAUAAUUGCCUUUUCGUUUAUUAAAUCUUGGUGUUGUAGUUUAGCUUUAGAUGAGCUCGUGUGGGAGGGGGAGGAGCUUUGUCUUGUAUUCUAAUUAGGGGAUGGGAGGGAGGCGUGGCCUGUCAGUCAGAUCGAAUAUCAUUCAGCAGCGGGCUUCUUCGGGAGAGGUGAACGUGUAGAUUUUAGUGCUCGUUUUAUUAUAGCAGGCAAACAAAUCUCGGCACUUUCAAGUUUACUUCACCAAAGACAGUCAGCAAGUGGAUGGUGUAUACGUGACGUCGUUUUCUCUCGAGGCAGGCCACGCUGAGACUUUAUAACAGACUAGGUUGCAGUUGUGGAGAAUGUGCCUUCUUUGUACAUAUGCAUUCAGCUGUCUUUAGUUGGCGAGGUGCGGACACCGAUUUGAAGGACGAUUUGGAUCCAGCAAGUGCCACAAACUAAACGAAAACAUCACUACAGAGCGGAGACAACUGAAACUAAAACAUGGAACGAGGACAGGUUGAAACGACGGCUCGGUUCCAAAACCCUCGUGAGCUGCCGACAUAGUUCAGUAAUUCUACAUGAUCCACGUGCAUCAUGCAAAUAGAUUUCAUUGGAGUUUUGCAUUGGAAUAUUAGCAGUAAAAUUAUAGUACAAAGCACAGAAAAAUAUUAGUUGUUUUUAAUUAGAAUUGAACUAUUUUUAGCUGCUUUUCUGUUUUGGAUACAUUUGCUUUAUAUUCAGCAGUUUUUGGAUGAAUUUUUCACCCAAAAUGCAUCAUGAAUUUGUCUUCUAAGUGAAGGAUAUGUGUGAUGCUUCCUUAGAAUGUGACAAAAGUAGAUAUCAAACUGCCUGUGUACCGUAUUUUGCAGAAAAUAAGUCACACUAUAAGUCACACCGGGUCAAAAUUGCAUUGUUGAGAGAAAAAAAAGUUUUAUUAUUACAAUCUGAAAUAACGAAAAAUACAGGUGCAUUAUAUAAUUGCAUUAUAUACAUUGUUUUGGUAUAUAUAAGUCACAGGGGGAAAAGAAAAAGAAAGAAAAGAGAAGAAAAAAAAAAACAGAUAAUUUGCAAUUUUAUUACAUUCAGAAAGAGUGUAAAUUACAGAUAAAAUUAACAUUUACAAACAUAAACACUGUAAGCAUGUGUUUUAGUUCCCCUCGCUCCACAAUAAAUUCUUAAAAUGUGAUGCAAUUUAGAACAGGAAUGAAAAAUAUAAGUAUAAAACAAACAUUUACUAUAAACAUCAAGCAUGUAACUCCAACCAACAUGUUUUGCAUGCUUGAUGUUAAUAAUUGCGUCAUGUAAAUUGUUUACACACACACACACACGUAAUAAAAUACAUGAUUUUCUGGAAAAUACAGUUGGCAGCUCACAAGGUUUUAGGACACAGCCUUUGAAAUAAUAAUCGUAUCCAUUAUAAGAAAAUGUUUUUAUUUUCUUUUAAACUCACAAUAUAGUUUAUUAAGGCUUUAUUCAUUAAUUUGUCUUCCAAAAGACUGUGUUUUUGACCUGGUGGGUCUUGUUUGACCGGUUAUCUACCUCAGAGUUUUGUUGUCCUCUGUUUUGAUUGGUCGGGCAGCAGGUUCAGCCCGCCCCUCCAGACCAAACGGCCAGCUCUGGAGCUGCCCACAUACACUUGAUUUCUGUCAGGUUUUUUGUUUUUAAAUACUUUAAUCCUCUUCUUCUUCAAACAGAAACAUUUUUUAAUUAUUUUUAUCGUUAUGAGGAAAGUUGUGCGUUGAACGUGUUGUUGUAGUGUUGUUUAGCAUUCAGAUUCAUCGUUUCGAAAGCAAAAAAACUGCUGCUUUUCAUCACAAGAUAUUCCAGUAGUCCGUAGGAAGUAGAAAAGAAAGUGCGCGCGAGAGAGAGAGACAGAGCCAAUGAGAAACAGCGAUGCUGAAAGUUGCGGUUUUUCCGAGACAUCACUGUUGUAUGGAAACUUGUUUCUGACACAGAAUAAAAAAAAAAUUACUGCGACUUUUCUUUUUUCACAAAUGCAACUUUUUUCCCUCUGGAUUCUCAGUUUGCUUCUU